AAGAAGUUAUUUCCACCAGUUUUAUGAAAAUACAUAGUUUGUGAUAAAUCCUUGAAAUACGAAAUUCGUCACAGACAUACUUAUAAAAAUUGUAACUUCUCUGUUUAACAUAUAUUUAUACAAAAAGUUAAAUUUUCGAGAUUCCAAGGCUGCUACAAAUAAAAAUGGGUAAAGGCUCCAAAAAAUGCAGCUUGUGUGCUAGAACCAUUUCUGCGUCCAACGGCUGGCUUCCGUUAAAACAUUGUGCAUCGAUGGUACGUGAUCGACUUGAUGAUAUUCUUUCAAAACUACAGCUUCCACAGGUUCAAUCGACAGGAUUAUUUUUGUGUAAUAUAUGCAAACAAGAUUUACAGUCGGCUAAAACGUUCAUUUCAAAAGUUGAACUGGCAGAACAUUUGUGGUCAAAGGCUUCUCGCAAAAGCCAAUCCACGCAAGAUAUUAAAAAUGGUUUAGUUGAGGACUCGGCUAUGAAUUUCGAAAGUUUUUCGGAAGAUGAUGAUGCCAAAAAGUUACGACAGGAGCAGAGGCAGGCAAAAAUCAAACUCCUGAAUCCAGCUGACAAUAUUAUUCGAUGCUGUGGUUGCGAGGAAUUUCUGUCUAACCUAGAGAGUGUACAAAGGCAUUCGGAGAUAAAGCAUUUUGGAAACCGUAGAAAGUUUUGGCCGUUGAAUGCAAUGAAACCUUUUGAAUGUGAAUUUUGUUUUAACCGAUUUGCUAGUUCAGCGCAGCUUGAAGAACACCAACAAAAACUGUUCGAAGCUGAAUAUAUUCUUCGGAAACAUCAACAUCGCCUGGGCAGGAACUCUGCAGAUACAGCCCCGUUUUCAGGGCGAAAAUCGGACGGCUUCAAUAGUAAAGCAGGGCUUCUAAAAUGUGACUUUUGUACGGAUUGGUUUGGAUCGAAAAGAGCUUUCCGGAAACAUAAGCUGAUUCAUCGAAGUUCCAUAGCAUAUGGAAAUAUUGAGUGCAGUGUUGAGCAAACCGAUUCUAAUGAAUCAACUUCUGCGAUGCACGAUGAAGUAAUGGCGGCUGUUAACCGGAUUAAUUUUUAA